CUCAAAGGAAAAGUAACAGUUAAAGUUAUAAUUUGUAUUUUAAACAUCAGUAGGUCUUGUACUGUCCACUACACGCGCUUUCCUCUGGGGUGGACUUCGUCGCGCGCUUGAAGUCCGCUCCCAAAGCCUUCCGGACGAGGCGCGCGCACACUUCUUUUUCACUUGCUCGCGGCUUUUCACCCUGCUAGACACCGGACACCACUAACUCACAUCGGGACGACAGGAUUCCCCGGAAUAAAGACCUUUUUUUCGUCAGUGGCGAUGGUGAUUGACAGAUGAUCUGAUAGAGGACAACAUCAGACGCUGUCUCCGUGCUGGUUAUUAUGGGGUGUGCCUGUUGCAAGCAGAAAAAGGCGGCCAAAGCAGUAGCAUCAGCGGCAGGAGUGGAUGCUACAGAUCUGUCUCCUAGCAACGCAGAUGGAGGCUUGUCCGCGGCCUUGACUCAGGGCCGUUACUGUCCCGACCCGACGCAGACCAUCCCCGACUUCAACAAGGGCUUCUCCUCCAGCGCCAUCUUCCCCAGCACCGCCGCACACCUGCGGCCUGGAGGCGUCACAAGUUGUGGAGUCACUCUCUUUAUAGCUCUGUAUGACUAUGACGCCCGCACUGAAGAUGACCUCACUUUUCAGAAAGGAGAGAAAUUCCAGAUUAUCAACAACACAGAGGGCGACUGGUGGGAGGCUCGCUCUUUGGACACAGGCCACUCAGGUUACAUCCCCUCCAACUACGUAGCUCCUGUCGACUCUAUACAGGCAGAAGAGUGGUAUUUUGGGAAGAUGGGGAGGAAGGAUGCGGAGAGACAGCUGCUGGGCCAUGGCAACCAGAGGGGGACUUUCCUCAUACGAGAGAGCGAGACCACUAAGGGUGCUUACUCUCUGUCUAUCCGUGACUGGGACGACAACAAGGGAGACCACGUCAAGCAUUAUAAGAUCCGUAAACUAGACAAUGGAGGAUACUACAUCACCACCAGAUCACAGUUUGACACGGUGCAGGAGCUUGUCGUACACUACACAGAGAGAGCGGCAGGCCUGUGCUGCCGUCUGAUUGCCAACUGUAAGCGGGGCAUGCCUAAGCUGGCCGAUUUAUCAGUGAAGACCAAGGAUAUGUGGGAGAUUCCCCGUGAAUCCCUCCAGCUGAUUAAGAAACUGGGCAACGGCCAGUUUGGAGAAGUCUGGAUGGGCAUGUGGAACGGCACCACCAAGGUAGCGGUGAAGACUCUGAAGCCGGGGACCAUGUCCCCCGAGGCCUUCCUGGAGGAGGCUCAGAUCAUGAAGAGACUCCGCCACGACAAGCUGGUGCAGCUCUACGCCGUGGUGUCAGAGGAGCCCAUCUACAUUAUCACUGAGUUCAUGAGCCAAGGAAGUUUGUUGGACUUCUUGAAAGACGGAGAGGGUCACAGUCUGAAGCUGCCUCAGCUGGUGGACAUGGCUGCACAGAUUGCAGCUGGGAUGGCGUACAUCGAGAGGAUGAACUACAUCCAUCGUGACCUGCGAGCGGCCAACAUCCUCGUUGGAGAAAAUCUGGUGUGUAAGAUCGCUGACUUCGGCCUGGCUAGGCUCAUCGAGGACAACGAGUACACAGCCAGACAAGGGGCGAAGUUCCCCAUCAAGUGGACGGCUCCUGAAGCGGCGUUGUAUGGACGCUUCACCAUCAAGUCAGAUGUCUGGAGCUUUGGCAUCCUGCUGACUGAACUCGUCACAAAGGGACGUGUGCCCUACCCAGGCAUGAACAACCGUGAGGUGUUGGAGCAGGUGGAGCGGGGCUACAGGAUGCCCUGCGCCCCGGGCAGCCCCGCCUCGCUCCAUGAACUGAUGGUGCAGUGCUGGAGGCGUGAGGCCGACGAGAGGCACACCUUCGAGUACCUGCAGUCCUUCCUGGAGGAUUACUUCACGGCCACAGAGCCGCAGUACCAGCCCGGAGACAACCUGUGACCGCACAACGCGCAGGACAGAUGUGGAGCAAUAAAUGGACAAACAGAGAGACAGACAGAUGUGGACGUAUUACAUGCAGAUACACUGAUAUGCCUUUGUUAUAUUUGUUCCACACUUAUUGUACAUGCACACAUAUUAAGAUACAUAUCAUUGCCUUGUUCUAUUGUUUUAAAGACAGUUUCCUCCUUUUUGAUUAUUGAUCACUGCAGCUUGAGGAACGAUCAGCCAACCACAUUGAAGCGUCAGAGCUCUGCUGAUCAGGCCUCACAGUAAUGUUGCUUUACUCUGUAACCAUGACAACAAGGAACAGAAAGAAGAAGUAGCUGGUUGAGGGGGGGGGGGAGUCGAGUUGGUACAUGAUGUGUUCAGCUGCCAUAUGUGCAUUGUGCAGAUCCUUCUGAUUCCUCUGAAGAAACGUGUAGCAGGGCAACUGUUUGAUAAAUAUAUGGAUCCAUAAAAGGUAAAAGCUGCAACAGGUUUCAGAAAACAGGAAGUGAACCCUGUGACGUGGGACGUACAGCGGCAAAAGAUUAGUUAACUAGUCGAUUUGCGCAUCAAAAAAUAAGUAAUUGCCAACCAUUUUGCCAAUCAAAAAAAUCGUUAUUUUAGAAAGUGCUGUUUUCAGUAUCUAAAAUAUGGAGAUGUUCUGCUUUUCUCAGUUUUAUUUCAUGUUAAAAUGAAUAUGUUUGGGUUUGGGAAAAACAGUCUACCACUCAGCCUGUCUCACACUCAGCCUGUCUCACACUCAGCCUGUCUCACACUCAGCCUGUCUCACACUCAGCCUGUCUCACACUGUCUCACAUUCAGCCUGUCUCACAUUCAGCCAGUCUCACACUCAGCAUGACAUUUAAAUACUUCACCUUGGACAGAGACAAAUGGGUUGGAUAUUUUUUACUAUUGUGACAUUAUAAUAAUGAACAGAUAAAUCGAAAACGAAAGUCUUUAAUUGCCGCAUUACUGUAAGGUAUUUUAUGUACACAGACAUUUGAGGUUAAAUAAAAUUCCUCCUCAAACUGUAAUCUGACUAAUAAAUAAAAAAGCUUUUGUCAUGUCAAUCUCCUGAAAGAGGGAACUGGUUUGCAACUGUGCCUUAAAGUGGUCAAAAUAUGGAUCUGCGUUACCUUCAAUACUAUGUUAGUAAAGUCUGAGAGGAGAGGUGGAAAGGACUGCUUUUUGUUUUUCUGAUCAUUUCUAUUAGAAUUUUGUUAGAACUGUCUCUUUUGCUGUUUUAAUUUAACGCAGAUAGGUCUGUGCAUCACAAAGACUUUUAUAUCUAGUUACCAUGUAGUUUUCAUCCAUUGGGAAGGCAGAAUGCAAUGUUACACAUAAAGGGAAUGAUCAAUGUCCGUGGACCCUGGACAGACAGGGUUUCAAAUAUGUUAUUUGACAAGAGUGUAACCUUUAUGUGAUUUUAUGAGAUGCCCCUGUCAUGUUAUUGUAAUAAAGAUCAAAUAUCUUUACUG